AUGAAGCUGAGAAAUGGUGAAGUCAAAACCCCUACUUUGGAUGAUGCAAUCUGGAGGUAUACUACCUACCAAGUGAAGGAGGGUGGGAGUCGAACUGGUAUUGCAACUUUUACAAGUAAAAUGUCAAUAGUAGAGACCAUUGAGAUACGGAAGAAAGAUAGUCUAAGAAGAAAAAAAGAAGUCAAGGCCACAACACCAAGUCCAAAUGCAGAGAAAGAAUUGAAUGGCCAAGAGAAGAUAGAUCAACUGUGUGCAUCAAAAUCGGCGGAAAGUGAAGUGGCAACGAGCUGUGGUGGAAGUGAUGAUGAAGAAUGUAGUGUGUGUUUAUCGGGAUUGAAAGAAGGCGAUGAGACACGGACACUUCCUUGCUUCCAUGUGUUUCAUAAAGUUUGUGUUGGGAGAUGGUUGGAUUUGUUUGGUAAAACAUGUCCACUUUGCAGGUUCUCGGUUGAAAAGGAUGAGGAAUCGGAUAAGAAAACGUCUGAACUGACUGAAGAAAUGGUGAUUUGGUUUUCUUCAUUCCAUGCUUCUGGUUUCUAG